UCCGCCCAACGAGCAAAACAAUGCGCUCCACUUAGCCAAGUUGCGUGUGGUACAGUGGUACUCCAACGCACAUCCGCAUAUAUGCCAGUGUAAUGACUAGCCCACGAAAUAAAUAAAGGCCAGAACAACAACUGCGACGGGGGCAGCUCCAGCUGCUCAUAAAUUUCGUAACGCUUGUGAAAUGUGCCCCUUGGUGCACGGGGCAAUUCAAUGGAAUCGCUAGAUUUUCGCCCGUAAAUCCAGGGCGGAAUAUGUAAAUGCCGUAGGCGCCACCACUUCCUCGCUAAAAAGGCUAGCAGCACCACCUUCAACCACUAUAAGGAUAACUACCUAUACCCACUACUCGAAAGGUUAUCUGAAAAAUCUAAAAGAAUUUCUGGAAUUUUUGGGCUUGUAAAAUCGCCCAAGAAAAAGCUGAGAAAAAACAUAAAAUUAAAUCAAAUAAAACAAAACGAAAACUAAAAUUAAGAGCAAAGAGAGAGAGAGAGCGCCAGAGAGAGUGGGAACUUUCGAUAAAAAAUUAUUAGCAAAAACAUAAAUACGUAACGGCCUCGUUCUCCCGUGCCCUCCGCCCCCAAAGGAAAUCCCAGAGAAAGAGAAGCCGAAUCGAAGAAAAGAGCACCGGAGCGAGCGGGUGAGUGGGUAGGUCAGUGGCAGUGGGCGGUCCGCCAGCUGGGGCAGCACCACCAUCCCAUCACCACCCAACACCCAGAACCACCUUCACUUCCAUCUCCAUCAGCACCGCCAGCGUCAACCUCAACUUUCAAAGGGCAGGUAGCGGCAUGUCCUGCACCGUUUCGGAGCUGCCCAGUGGCUGUCGAUUGCGCGGCAUGACUGCAUCCUCACAGCAGAGCGCCGCCAACAAUAGUGGCAACAAUGGGAAUGGGAACGGCAAUGGCAACGGGGGAGGGAGCGGCGGGGGCGUCGGCGGCGGUGGUGGCAGCAGCUUGGGCGGAGUAUCGCCCACCGUGGGCGGCGGCAGCGUGGGAGUCGGCUCCACGUCCAACGUGCUGCAGGAGUCCAAUGCGGCCACGUUGCAGCGACCGCAGUCGCAGAAGCCGUGCUGCUUCUGCUGGUGCUGCUGCUGCUCCUGCUCCUGGGCCAAAUGUCUGGCCAUCAAGAAUGCCGAUGAAAAUGCCCCCACGAAGCGAGAUCUGGUGAAUGCCGAAUUUCUGGAUGGCGAACAACCCACACUGGAAGAAAUCCGCAGCUGGGGCAAGAGCUUUGACAAGCUGAUGAAGAGCACAGCUGGUCGAAAGGUGUUCCAGAACUUCCUGCGCAGCGAAUUCAGCGAGGAGAACAUCCUGUUCUGGCUGGCCUGCGAGGACCUCAAGAAGGAGAGCAGCGCGGAGCUGGUGGAGGAAAAGGCGCGACUCCUCUACGAGGACUACAUCUCGAUCCUGUCGCCCAGGGAGGUGUCGCUGGACUCGCGGGUCCGCGAGAUCGUCAACCGGAACAUGAUCGAGCCCACGACGCACACCUUCGACGAAGCUCAAAUCCAGAUCUACACACUGAUGCACAGAGACUCAUAUCCGAGAUUCCUAAACUCGCAAAAGUUCAAGACACUCGCUCAACUGCAAGACAACUCGAAUGCCGGCUCCAAGGCGGAUAGUCCCACUUAGAGAGGAUCGCUCAGGAAUCCCAAAUCGGAUCGGAUUUGGAUCGUAUUCAGUUGCGCUGUGCUGACUUCCGUUGUUGCUCUCUCCAUUGGUAUUUCUCUGGUACUUUACGCCCCCGUCGCUGCUGCAAUUGACUAAGCAAUAUGUAUCCAUUAGUAGAAACCAUUUAAACGUUUUGCCUGCAGCCCCAAACAUUCGAAUCCCUGGAAGGGCGGGGGCACCCAGACGAUAUGCAUUCUACGUGAAACGGAUCCCUUCUCUCUCUCUACCUAUACGUUCUAGUCGUUAACUAACCAAAGAGUUAAGCACUACAAAAAUUGUUUAUACUAAGGAGCUGGUUCGACCACAGAAAGCAUUUUCCAAACCAAACAAAAAUAGCCAGAAAGCUAAUACGAAACGAGCGACACAAAUAGCAUCUAUUGUAAUACUAGUGAUCUAAGAGACGUAUUAAUCAAAUGGCAACAAAGAUUACGGAACCCGCUAACCGAUAAGUAAAUUUAAACGUAAUCAUAAACCGCUACGUAACAGAAAUACUUUUUCCAAAAAAUAACAAAAAAAAGAAACAAAACAAAAAUCUUUUUAAACGUAUUACAUGCAUAACUUUAUAAAAUUAUAUAUACACACCAGCAUAUAUAUAUAUACUGAUAUAUAUAUACGGAUAUAUAGAGACAUUUAACUUGACUAGUUUUGAAAUCGUUUUAGGUCAUACGAGUAAUGACAUCGAAGCAUUUUGUAAAUACAACAGCAGACGGCAACACUUUCUACUUUCUUAUGAAAACCCAUUUAGGAUCAAGUCCUUUCCUAAGCAAAUCUUACCAAGCCCAUCAUGAGCUGUACUUUGAGCCAGACCAGAACAGACCAUAUGCA